AUGUCAUCGAAUAUAGCUUCAGUUUUCAAUCCACCACCAUCAAGAAAUAUUCCAGACAGGGAAAUCGAAGAUUGUAUACCAUGUACUACAAUUCAAUCAAUUGCUGCAAUUGCUGGAGGUUUAUAUUUUAGUUCACCAAAUCAAUUCAAAGAUAAAGUCACUGGUAAAAUCGAUUUAGUUAAAAAUCCAUUAUGGUGGCAAAGAUCAGUUAGAGGUGCAGGAAUUAUAUUGGUUGGUUUGGGUGCUUAUAGAGCUGGUGAAGUUUUCAAAAUUUUAUAUGAGAAGAAAUUUUAA